GUCAGGCGAGUAUGGGCUGCUUACAUUAAAGGAACUCCUCUUCCUGGUUUUUUGUUUUUUGUUUUUCAUAAAACUGAACUUGCUCAAUCAGAGAUGGAACAAACGGACUGCAAACCCUACCAGCCUCUGUCAAAAGUCAAGCAUGAAAUGGAUCUAGCUUAUACCAGUUCUUCCGAUGAGAGUGAAGAUGGAAGAAAACCAAGACAGUCAUACAACUCCAGAGAAGCUCUGCAUGAGUAUAACCAAGAGCUGAGGAUAAAUUAUAAUAGCCAGAGUAGGAAAAGGAAAGAAGUAGAUAAAUCUACUCAAGAGAUGGGAUUCUGUGAAACUCCUCACACUCUCUGCUCUGGCUACCAGACAGACAUGCACAGUGUUUCUCGGCACGGCUACCAGCUAGAGAUGGGAUCUGAUGUGGAUACAGAGACAGAAGGCGCUGCCUCACCUGACCAUGCGCUAAGAAUGUGGAUAAGGGGGAUGAAAUCAGAGCAUAGUUCCUGUUUGUCCAGCCGAGCCAACUCUGCAUUGUCCCUGACUGACACUGACCAUGAAAGGAAGUCUGAUGGGGAAAAUGGUUUUAAAUUCUCUCCUGUUUGUUGUGACAUGGAAGCUCAAGCUGGGUCUACUCAAGACAUGCAGAGCAGCCCACACAACCAGUUCACCUUCAGACCCCUCCCACCUCCACCUCCACCUCCUCAUGCUUGCACCUGUGCUAGGAAGCCAGCCCCUGCAGUGGACUCUCUUCAGAGGAGAUCAAUGACUACCCGCAGCCAGCCCAGCCCAGCUGCACCGGCUCCCCCAACCAGUUCACAGGACUCAGUUCAUCUGCAUAACAGCUGGGUCUUGAAUAGCAACAUACCACUGGAGACCAGGCAUUUCCUAUUCAAACACGGAUCUGGUUCUUCAGCGAUCUUCAGUGCAGCCAGUCAGAACUACCCUCUGACGUCCAAUACUGUGUACUCGCCCCCUCCCAGGCCACUUCCUCGAAGCACCUUUUCCAGACCUGCUUUUACCUUUAACAAACCUUACAGGUGCUGCAAUUGGAAGUGUACAGCCUUGAGCGCCACGGCAAUCACAGUGACUUUGGCCUUGUUACUAGCCUAUGUGAUUGCAGUACAUUUGUUCGGCCUGACUUGGCAGUUGCAACCAGUUGAAGGACAGCUCUAUGAAAAUGGAGUUAGCAAGGGGAACAGAGGGACCGAAUCCAUGGAUACUACUUACUCUCCAAUUGGAGGAAAAGUUUCCGAUAAAUCAGAGAAAAAAGUGUUUCAGAAGGGACGGGCAAUAGACACCGGAGAAGUUGACAUUGGUGCACAGGUCAUGCAAACCAUUCCACCUGGCUUAUUCUGGCGUUUCCAGAUUACUAUCCACCAUCCAAUAUAUCUGAAAUUCAAUAUUUCUUUGGCCAAGGACUCUCUGCUGGGAAUUUAUGGCAGAAGAAACAUUCCGCCUACACACACUCAGUUUGAUUUUGUAAAACUAAUGGAUGGGAAACAACUGGUCAAAGAAGACUCCAAGAGUUCUGAUGACAGCCAGCAAUCCCCUCAGAACCUGAUCUUAACCUCACUUCAGGAGACAGGUUUCAUAGAGUACAUGGACCAAGGGCCUUGGUAUCUAGCAUUUUACAAUGAUGGAAAAAAGAUGGAGCAAGUAUUUUUGUUAACUACAGCAAUUGAAAUAAUGGAUGACUGUUCAACAAAUUGCAAUGGGAAUGGAGAAUGUAUUUCUGGACAUUGUCAUUGUUUCCCAGGAUUCCUUGGGCCUGACUGUGCUAGAGAUUCGUGCCCUGUGCUGUGUGGUGGGAAUGGAGAAUAUGAGAAAGGACAUUGUGUCUGCCAAAAUGGCUGGAAGGGGCCAGAGUGUGACGUUCCAGAAGAGCAAUGUGUUGACCCAACUUGCUUUGGUCACGGCACCUGCAUCAUGGGAGUCUGCAUCUGUGUGCCAGGAUACAAAGGAGAAAUAUGCGAGGAAGAGGACUGCUUAGACCCAAUGUGUUCCAGCCAUGGCAUCUGUGUGAAAGGAGAAUGUCACUGUUCUACUGGUUGGGGAGGAAUCAACUGUGAAACUCCACUUCCUAUAUGUCAAGAGCAGUGCUCAGGACAUGGGACUUUUCUUCUAGACACUGGAAUGUGCAGCUGUGACCCCAAGUGGACAGGAUCUGACUGCUCAACAGGUACAUUAGAAUUAUUUCCAUCUUCUCCUUCCUCCACUUCCAGGUUCUCACUGGAUUUUGCCAUAAGGUAG